AUUAGCAAAUAUAUAAAAUAAAUAUGAAAUGUGUAAGAUAAUCAUAUUUUUUUUCAUGUUUUAUGUUUUUUUACGCUAUAGCGCAUAUUUUUUAUACAAAUGUCUUUUUGAAGUGGACUUAUCUACAAAUAAACAAACAGACCAGUCUUUAACAAGACCAUGCUAUGUUCCUGCAUGUAAAAACUUUUACAUCUCAAGUAAUGCAGUGGAUAGAGACGAAAGAACAUGUACUGGAAGCAAGGUAAUUGGUGGAGACAGCACAGGUGAUAAGGCAGUGUGGUGGAGAGUAGAUUUGGGCGAUAUCUACAGUGUUUACAGCAUCAGCAUUAUAUUUAAAAACUACGCUGGCUUCGAAGCUCGACAAAGAGGCCGCUUUGCAGGGUUUUCUCUCUAUUUAUCAGCGUCUACAAAUAGAAUCAAUGAUUCCCUUUGUUACAAAAACGGACCAAAGUUACCUCCGUUGAAUUUCAGGACAACUUGUACCGGAUACGGACGUUAUGCCAUAUUCUACAAUGAACGAUUGAAUGAUAUUGAUUAUCCGGAAGGAUACGAAAUGCAGUCAUACACAGAGUUGUGCGAAGUGAUAGUGGAAGGCUGUAAUAAAACCUCAUAUGGAAGAAAUUGUGCUAAAAAAUGUCCAGUGAAUUGUGAGAAUAAAGUUUGUAACAUUAUAAAUGGAACAUGCCCGAGAUGUACGCCAGGAUGGACAGGACAAUUUUGCAGAAAUAAGUGUGGGGGAGGAUGGUAUGGUCUUGGUUGUAAACAAAGAUGUUCUGGGCAUUGUAAAAACAAGGAGACAUGUAAUCACGUGAAUGGUCGUUGUGACGAUGGAUGUGCUGAUGGAUGGAUGGGAAUUCAAUGUGAAAAAGCAUGUAAAGAUGGAAACUACGGUCCGGGUUGUAUAUAUAACUGCAGUGGUCAUUGUCGUGAUGAUGCCUUCUGUAACAAACAAACUGGACACUGUGACGCAGGGUGUAAACCGGGAUAUACAGGGAAUUUAUGUAACGAAGAAUGCAACUCUGGAUACUUCGGGACGCAAUGCAAGGGACGUUGCAGCCAGAAGUGUUUCAAUGAUGAGAUUUGCAAUCAUAUUACCGGAGUUUGUACAAAUGGAUGCAAGGAUGGAUAUAUUGGAGAAAGAUGCAAUAAAUGUAAGGGAAAACUUGACUUAAUAUAAAUCACUUAUUAUCUAUUUUAUCAAAGAAAAUAGAUUUAAGAUAGGGAGUAACUCUUCCUUACCGCUUGCAUGUAUAAAUGUGAAGAUUUUUGCAUUUGAAACAAUUAAUUUACUUGAUUAUAUGAUGUUGAAUUAAUCAUACAUGUAACAUAACUAAGUGUUUAAAUCAAAUCAUAACAUAGACUAGAUAAACAUUUUA